AUGCCUAUUCCAGCUCCCCACGGUGGCGUAUUACAAGACUUGGUUGCUAGAGAUGCAUCUAUUAAAAAAGAGUUGUUAGAAUCUGUUCCUUCCCUCACCAGUUGGACUUUGACUGAAAGACAAUUAUGUGACUUGGAGUUGUUGUUGUCUGGUGGUUUCUCUCCCUUAGCUGGCUUCUUAAACGAAGAAGAUUACAACUCCGUUGUCUCCGAAUUGAGAUUGUCCUCAGUUACCGAUGAAUCUACCGGUAAGGGAUUGUUGUGGCCAAUUCCUAUCACUUUGGAUGUUGACGCUUCAACUGCUUCCAGUUACAAGGUUGGUGAAAAAAUCGUCUUACGUGACUUGAGAGACGAAACUCCAUUAGCUGUCUUGACUGUCGAAUCUAUUUACAAGCCAAACAAGCAAUUGGAAGCUGAAAAGGUUUUCAGAGGUGACCCAGAGCAUCCAGCCGUCAAAUAUUUGAAUGAAACUGCUGGUGAAUAUUACAUCGGUGGUUCCUUGCAAGGUUUGUCUUAUCCUAAGCACUACGACUAUGUUGAGUUAAGAAAGACCCCAGCCCAAUUGAGAGCUGAAUUCGUUGAUACUUUGAACUGGAAUGAAAAGCAUGUUGUCGCUUUCCAAACUAGAAACCCUAUGCACAGAGCUCACAGAGAGUUGACAGUUAGAGCCGCUAAUGACAUUGGUGAAGAUGGUAGAAUUUUGAUUCACCCUGUUGUUGGUUUAACUAAGCCAGGUGAUAUUGACCACCACACAAGAGUCAAGGUUUACCAACAAAUCUUAAAGAAGUUUCCAGAUGGUUUGGCCUCAUUGUCCUUGUUGCCUUUGGCUAUGAGAAUGGGUGGUGACCGUGAAGCUUUGUGGCACGCUUUAAUUAGAUUGAACCAUGGUGUGGACCACUUUAUUGUUGGUAGAGAUCACGCUGGUCCAGGUAAAAACUCUAAAGGUGUUGACUUUUACGGUCCAUAUGACGCACAAGAAUUGUUAGCUAAUUAUGCAGACGAAUUGGAAGGUAAGAUUAAGAUUGUUCCAUUUAGAAUGGUCACAUACUUACCCGAAGAAGACAGAUAUGCUCCAAUUGAUACCAUUGACUUAUCUACUACUAAAACAGCAAACAUUUCUGGUACUGAAUUGAGACAAAAAUUAAGAGAUGGUUUAGAAAUUCCAGAAUGGUUCUCCUAUCCUGAAGUCGUUCGUAUUUUAAGAGAAACUAACCCUCCUAGAUCAAAGCAAGGUUUUGCUAUCUUAAUUGAUGCUGAAAAGGCCGGUGAAUACUUGUCAUAUGCUUUACAAUCUACUUUAAAUCAAUUCGCUGGUGGCCGUAGAAUUACUAAAGUUAAAGUCGAUGAUCAUGACAGCACCCUUCUUGGUGAAUUAGUCAGGGCUGGUUCAGGAGUCAUUGGUACUUCUGAGACUGAAGAAGCAACAGGCGGUCUUAUUAAGGCUGUUGGAGCUGCUAACGCCUUGAUCAUCAAGUCUGAGGGCGAAGCCAAAAUUGACGACGGUAUCUUUGUUAUUGAUGCCUCUGACUUGAACGUCACUGUUGGUCAGGUUGUUGAAUAUUUGAAAGCACAAGGCUUCUAUUAA